GUGCGAGCGACGUGCGCGGCCGCCGUUGAUCGUCGCGCGGACACGAGUGCUGCUUGGUGCUGCUGCUCACUGCUGCUAGUGUUCGUCCGUUGCCGUCACUCAGUCACUGUCGCCGCCGUCGUCGUCGGUGUAGUGUAGUGCGGUGCGGUUUGCUUCGCUUCGCUUCGAGAGUGUCGACAAACCGUGACUCCGCGGCACCGCAGUCGUUAUCGUUGUCGUCCAACGACAGCCGUCACGGUGCGGACUGUCCCUCAAGGAUCGAGAGACCAGGGUACCGAAGCUCCAGAAAUCAGAGCCCACCACCAAAUCCGAUCGCGAGAAUGGCGAGCAACGCUGUCCCGGUCCUCCUCAUCACCGCGAACGUCGGCAGCAUCUUCGAAGAGCCUAGUGUCAUGCUGAAGAUAUGGACGGAAGAGUUUUUAUCCACCAUAUCGAGGCUGGAUCCAAAAUUUAUAGCGCUGCACUGCCAAGAAGUAGGUGGAAAGAAUUACGAGCAAAGUAUGAGGCACGUGGAGGACUUUGUUAGAUUACUUAUGUCAUCGGAAGAAUUAAGGUUGUUUGACAAAAUUAGGGUAUUUCUUGACGAGGAUUAUUCAUCCGCUGAACAUUUUACGGCUCUAGGAAGUUUCUACUUCGUGCACGAGUCUUUAAACGAUGUUUUAUUAUGGGAUUUUAAUGAAUUGUCUUUUAUACCUGUAAAUGGAAAAGAUGUCCACUCGGGCAACAUAGAAGCAGUUAGUACCAAAGAGAAAGCUAAGUUUCCUCAAGAAUUUUUCCCAGAAUGCAAAUGGUCCAGAAAGGGUUUUCUGCGUACCCGAUGGAGUAUUAGUGGAACAGUUUUUGAUCUCAUAAACAUACACUUAUUUCAUGACGCGAGUAAUUUUAUUGCUAUGGAGAUGUUUCCAUCGGUAUACAGUAAAACACGCAGAAGAGCGCUCGAGCACACAUUAGAUAAAUUUCAUAAUGACAAAUAUCCAAAUGUGCCGUAUUUUUUAUUUGGUGACUUUAAUUUUAGGACAGACACAGCAAGUGUAAUAAAGAAACUGACAGAAAAUACUCAAGAAAAGAAGUUAUCAAAUAAGGGAAAUAUUUCGAAAUUGCAAUUUCACAACCAAAAUGAUGAUCUCAUAUUAACGUUAGGCAAAAAAGAAUUUUCUCACUAUGAACAUCAGAACAUUUUCAUCAAAAAUAACGGUGAAUGGUUACGCGACUAUGAUAAAGAACUGGGGGACUUUGAAGGAAGGUUGUUCGAGUUUCCAAUCAACUUUGUGCCAAGUUACCCGUUUCAGGAAGAUAUUAACGAGCCUGUAAAUUAUAUGCAAACAAGAGUGCCAGCUUGGUGCGAUCGGGUUUUAUUGAGCCCCACUGCGAAAACGCUAGUCCAAAAUAUUGAUGAUUCCAAGGCAGUGGAGUACGGUAUAAUCGGCCCAAAUACGUGCAUGGGUGAUCACAAGCCAGUCUACUUGAAGGCUACUCUCGUCUCGGAUGCAGGUAUGCUAGACUGCUGCAACUUGCCAAUUGCACCUGAGUUUUGCUUCCGAGUGCCCAACAAUUACUUGGAGUUGUUGUCCAUGUUGCCUGAUUGUAAUAGUUACGCUAACGUGCGUUCGGAUUCUAUUUCAUCUAAUCUGUUGCACGCAAUACCUGUUAAGCAUGAUCCUUACACACCAGAUAGUAUGGACAGUCCGAGUCCAAACGCGCUGAUGGCUUCCGGAGAGGUUCCGGAUCUAUAUACGGAUCACAUCGACAGCAAUGUUGGCGGUGAUAAUGCGACGUCAAUGCUGCGAUCGACUCAGACAUCGAACACGUCAAGGCGACACAUUGAUCGAGCUGUGUCGCCGGCUUUAUUGAAGUCCAGAUUAGAACUGAUUGUGCAAAAUAAGAAGCACGAGGAUGCGGAUCUGGAAGUUGAUGUCUCGGACAUCAAGAGAAGUCCCAGCGAGUGCCAUUUGCGUUCCUGGUCCGAUGCUGACGAUCAAUGGUGCGUAAGAAAAAAUAGAUGCAACAGCGAUGUGUCGUGGCAACGAUCCCACGUUUUAACAGAAGCUUGGGUCCAAAGUAAGGGACAGCAAGGUUAUCAUUCCUUCAGUAAUUUUGCGAACCAAUCUUCCUCGAACUCGAGUCCUCCGGACAUUGUCGACGGAUUGCCGCCCGAUCUGAUCAUACCGAAGAUAGCAAUAAUAAAUGCAAGUAACUUCGAGUCGAACGCAAGCUCUACAUACUUCCACGACGACCGAUUGAGUAAUUAUUCGGAAAACAAACUGAGCACAUAUUCAGAUGGCCGCACAAAAACACUGAGUGGCGAUGCUGUAAGUUCGGAAAAGUCAGAGAUUUGUGACAAGAUGGAUGAGGAAGAAUGCAGCAGAUUGAGUCCAAGUACAGAUAGAAUAGUAGGAAAGGAGAAUAACACAUAUUUGAAAGACCACAACGAAUUGAUAUCAAAUAAAGACUUGUACUUUGAAGAGGACGAUAGAAAAUUUAUCGAGGAUGAAUGCGAUAUGUGUAAGGAGACGAAAUGUCAAAUAGAAGCGCAAGCUAUUGUGAGAAACACAUUUUACGUGCAAAGUGACGUUGUUUCCGAUAGAACGAAUGAUAAAUUGACUAUGGAACGGAAUGUUCCAGAUGAAUCUUCUUUCAAAAACAUACAAUACACCGAAAUCUUAUUGGAAAAUCAAUCGAGUUCUCUACAGGCAUUACGGAGAAGGCGUGAAAAAACCGAUAUGAAUCUAGACAGAAUAAAUGUAGAAACUCUCGAUACACCACACAAGAAGGCUGAGACGAAGAUAGAACCUCUUAGAGAUCAAGAUUGCGACAGUCACGUGAUAAAGAUAUGCCCAGAUAUACAAGCGGUAAGUCACGACGCAGAGAUUACAAGUUGUGAGAGCAAACAAAAGACGUGCACCUCGAAAAAUACAACGAGAAGUAAUUCGGCGCACAGUCAGGAUAUCAGUGAUAACGCAGGAAAUGUUAGAUUAAAAUUGAAAGCUUACAAAGUCACUGAACGAUAUAAGAGCAACAUUAUGGAAAGACGGACUAGAUGUAGAAAGUGUUGUUGUGUAGUAUCCUGAGGAUUCGCUUUAGUUUGCAUCUUAGAGUUUGUGUAUAAUGUUCCUCAUUUAUUUAACGUAUUGAGCAUUCAUGCCGAAUCGAGAAUGAAGAAAUAUCAAUGGCUUCUUCUAUUUAAAAAUAUUGCACAAAUAUGACUCUUAUCGAAAUCAUACUUCUCUGCUCUCGAUUUGUCUCGGAUGCUAUAGUCGCUAUCACUGCGAUGGCAAUCAGGUAUACUUUUUUCUACUUUACAUAGAGUAUUCCUUUCAUACAGUUUAUUUCCUUGUCUUCUUGAUGUACUAAGUAAUGAUCAAGACAGUUUACAGUCUCACAUCAUCGUUUAGUGUGUAUGUGUGUGCGUGCGUGUGCGUGUGCGU